AGUCAAAUCAUUAGACAAAACUUACUUUGCAACCCAACAGAAAAGCCACAUGCAUUCAAAGCUAUUGACUGGCUAGUAGAACUGAAUAAUCUGUGCACAAAGGUUAUCUUUGCAGGGACAGGGCCAAACCACACGAUUGAUCACAUUAUUAAAGAAUCAUCUUUAAUUGAGGUCUACCAUAGCUGUCAUGUAACAGUUUAA